GCCAGCCGCCUCUAUCCCAACUUUGUCUUGAUUAAUGAAGGUAGACCUAAGCCCAGCUUGAAUUAGGCCAAAAGCUUGUUUCCAACAGGAGAUUGAGGAAAGGAGGACCUGAAGUAAGGAAUAUAAUAGCAAGUUGGCAGAUGUUGUAUGGGAUAAGUAAGCAAUCCUAGAAGUUAAAAGUAAAUGAAUGAUGAUAUCAAUGGCGACAGAUGAUUGAAGAUGAUAUUUUGAGGACAACUUCAGUAGAAAGGCAAAUGGCUAAGACGGCAAACAGUCAAAGAAGGUCUUGAGCAAUGGGGGAAAAGGGAACAAGGAGAGGACAUGAGGCAAGAAGAUAAGAUGGAUGCAAGUAGUGGAUUUGAUCAGGUCCCAUUGGACCAGGAUUUUUUGAGGAUGGGAAUGGAUCCUCAGUUGAUUGUUGCAUCAACCUGGGCUAUUGAUGUCUCAGAUGUAAGAACAGUGAAGGUUAGCAAUAUUUCCCUGGCUGCAUCUGAAAGGGACAUCAAGGAAUUCUUUUCCUUCUCUGGGGACAUUCAAUAUAUUGAAAUGCGCAGUGAAUCUGAAAGGUCUCAGCUUGCUUAUGUUACUUUCAAGGAGUCACAGGGGGCAGACACAGCAAUGCUUCUCUCAGGAGCAACUAUAGUUGAUCUUUCUGUCAGCAUAACACCAGUUGAGGAUUACCAGCUUCCUCCUGAAGCUUUCAAAGGCAUACCGGAAGGGAAGCUCUCGUCAACUGAGUCUGCAGUCAGGAAAGCAGAGGAUGUCGUGAGCAGCAUGCUGGCCAAGGGUUUUGUACUGGGCAAGGAUGCCCUUAAGAGCGCAAGAUCCUUUGAUGAACAGCACCAUUUUACAUCCAAUGCCUCAGCCACAGUGGCAUCUCUGGACCGUAAGAUGGGCUUGAGUGAGAAGAUCGGCAUGGGUACGGCUGUGGUCAGCGGGAAGGUUAGGGAGGUGAAUGAGCGCUUCCAGGUGUCGAAGAUCACAAGGUCUGCCCUCAGUGCAGCUGAGCAAAAGGCCAGCAGUGCAGGAUCAGCUAUCAUGGGCAGCCGAUAUGUGUCAACUGGAGCAUCUUGGCUCUCAAGUGCACUUGGCAUGGUGACCAAGGCAGCUGGCGAUGUGAACACAAUGACCAGAGAAAAGGUGGAGAAGGCUGAGGAGGAGAGGAAGGAGAUCCUCUGCAGGGAGAGGAGGGAGAUUGUUGACGACUUUGCCCAGAUUCACCUAGACGAGUCAUCACUGGGGGAGCCUCCAACAGUGCCAGUUGAUUCAGUGGAUGAACAAAAGCUACAAAUCAUAUGAAUAACUGUGCAGGAUUUAGCUUCCUGGUAUUUUUUUUUUCCUCAUAUUGGUAAGUUUUGGUUGCUGAUUAGAGAAUUGAUUGGACGGAUGUAUCAUUCAUGGUAAUGGGGGAUGCUUCUAAUGUUGAUGACGGUACAUUUAUGUUCAUAUGACUACCUUUUAAGUAGAUCGUGAUAUUGUUUUUCUUGUGAUCCACUGUUUCAAAUUUCCUCCGUUUCAUUAUCAAUGAAAGGAGUGGUGUCCACAUUUUGCUCAAAA